AUGUCAGUCACACAUAUCUUCAAAGUCGUAGACGGCCUCUCUCUAGAGAUCGAUGUCGUCUCCCCACCAACGAAAGAUGAAAACAGCCCCGUCGUCCUACACUUCCACGGAGGCUUCCUAUUUCUAGGCGAAAAAACAAGUUUCACACCCCACUGGCUAAUAAAUGCCUGCCAAAAGAGAGGUUGGACAUACGCAACCGCCUCCUACCGCUUACUCCCCGAAACCCCAGGUCUUGAAAUCCUACAAGACGCAAUAGACGCCGUAAAAUGGGUUUAUGAGAACAUCAGUAAGCGGGUAAUCAUCGCCGGCUCUAGUGCAGGCGGGUAUCUAGCGCUCGCUGCUACCGCGCAUCCCGCUACACCACGGCCACUCGCCUUGCUCUCCGUUUAUGGAAUGAUGGAUUCUUCCAGUGAGCGGUAUAUCCAUCCUGGGCAGCCGCUUGUUGCCCCUGUUGAGGAUGAAGCGCAGGUCUUGAAGGAAGUCGAGGAUGCUAUGCGGGCUGAUGCUAUUGAUGGGUAUGCGUUUCCAACGGACCCGCCUGCUGAUGGUCGGUUUCGGUGGAUUAUGGCUUUGCAUCAGGUGGCGCAGUUCCCCGAUGUACUUGCCAGGAAGCCUGGGUUGGCGGCGAGGAUUGCAGCUGAGGGGCUUGGGGCGGUUUCGGUGGAGGAUCGGGUGCUUUUCCCUGUUAAAUUUGGGUUGAAGGAGGAUUUCCCGCCAACGGUUCUUGUGCAUGGGGAUGCAGAUGAAGUGGUUGGCUUUGAGCAGAGUGUUGUUGUAGCUGGGACUUUGGAGGAGCUUGGGGUGGAUGUUUCGUUUGAGCGUGCGGAGGGACAGGGACAUGGGUUUGAGGUGAAGGAGUUUAUUGAUUUAGAUGGAGGCGACACAUUGGGAGACAAAGCCGUGACUGAUCCGCUGAGACGAGUGAUUGCUCAUCUUGAAAGACAUGUGCAAUGA